GUCCCAAGCCCUUGCAAUACUCCUUAUCCUUGUGGAUCUCCGGACCUAUCACCCCAGCUGAAGCCUCAGACUUUUCAUCUGCAAUCAUAUUGUGACAGAUCACCCAGUAGACAUGAUGAACAUCAAGGCCUUCACCUUGGUCUCUGCAGUGGAGCGGGAGCUGCUGACUGGUGACAGAGAGCACAUCAGCAUUGAGUGUGUGGAGUGCUGUGGCAGGAAUCUCUAUGUCGGCACCAAUGACUGCUUCAUCUACCACUUCCUGCUGGAGGAGAAGACUUUGCCUACAGGGACGGCCUCAUUCAUUGCCACCAAACAGCUACACAGACACCUGGGCUUCAAGAAGCCCGUGAAUGAGUUGUGUGCAGCCUCAGCUCUCAAUAGGCUGCUGGUGCUCUGUGACAACUCGAUAACCCUGGUUAACAUGCUGAACCUGGAGCCAGUCCCCUCAGGGGCCCGCAUCAAAGGGGCCACAACAUUUGCAGUGAACGAGAACCCUGUGAAUGGGGACCCCUUCUGUGUGGAAGUGUGCAUCAUCUCCGUGAAGCGAAGGACCGUCCAAAUGUUUCUGGUGUACGAGGACCGAGUACAGAUUGUCAAGGAGGUGUCCACUCCAGAGCAGCCUCUUGCUGUGGCUGUGGAUGGCUACUUCUUGUGCCUGGCCCUGACCACACAGUACAUCAUCCUGAACUACAGCACAGGCCUUUCCCAGGACCUCUUUCCCUACUGCAGCGAGGAGAAGCCACCCAUUGUCAAGAGGAUAGGCAGACAGGAGUUCCUGCUGGCUGGCCCCGGAGGCCUGGGCAUGUUUGCCACCGUGGCCGGGAUUUCCCAGCGUGCCCCUGUGCACUGGUCAGAGAAUGUGAUUGGGGCGGCUGUUUGCUUCCCCUAUGUCAUAGCACUCGAUGACGAAUUCAUCACGGUUCACAGCAUGCUGGAUCAGCAGCAGAAACAGACCCUGCCCUUUAAAGAAGGCCACAUCCUGCAGGACUUUGAAGGAAGAGUGAUUGUUGCCACAAGUAAAGGAGUUUACAUCUUGGUUCCAUUACCUCUGGAAAAACAAAUACAGGAUCUGUUAGCAAGCCGAAGAGUGGAGGAGGCUUUGGUUUUAGCAAAAGGAGCCCGGAGGAACAUUCCAAAAGACAAAUUUCAGGUGAUGUACAGGAGGGUUCUGCAGCAGGCAGGCUUUAUACAGUUUGCACAGCUCCAGUUCCUGGAAGCCAAAGAGCUCUUCAGAAGCAGCCAGCUGGAUGUCCGGGAGCUGAUCUCUCUCUACCCCUUCCUGUUGCCCACCUCCUCUUCCUUCACCCGGUCUCACCCUCCUCUUCAUGAGUAUGCAGACCUGAACCAACUGACCCAGGGUGACCAGGAGAAGAUGGCCAAGUGCAAGCGCUUCCUCAUGAGCUACCUGAAUGAAGUUCGCAGCACAGAGGUAGCAAAUGGCUACAAGGAAGACAUCGACACGGCCCUACUCAAGCUGUAUGCAGAGGCUGACCAUGACAGCCUGCUGGACCUCUUGGUCACUGAGAACUUCUGCCUGCUGACGGACAGUGCUGCCUGGCUGGAGAAGCACAAAAAGUAUUUUGCACUAGGACUGCUCUAUCAUUACAAUAAACAGGAUGCCUCUGCAGUUCAGCUGUGGGUGAAGAUUGUGAAUGGGGACAUCCAGGAUUCCACACGCUCAGACCUGUACGAAUACAUCGUUGAUUUUCUUACCUACUGCUUAGACCAAGAGCUGGUGUGGACCCAUGCUGACUGGCUGUUGCAGAAAAGUGAGGAGAUUGGAGUUCAAGUUUUCACCAAGAGACCUUUGGAUGAGAAGCAGCAGACUGGUUUUAAUCCAGAUGACAUUAUCAGUUGCCUUAAGAAAUACCCUAAAGCCCUGGUUAAAUAUCUGGAGCAUCUUGUUAUCGACAGGAGACUGCAGAAAGAAGAGUACCACACCCACCUGGCCAUCCUCUACCUGGAGGAAGUGCUGCGGCAGAGGGUGGCCACUGGCGGCAAGGACGAAGAUGCCACUGAGGCGCAGACCAAACUCCGGAGACUGCUCCAGAAGUCUGACUCCUACCGCGUCCAUUUGCUGAAAGAGAAGAUCCAGGGUGCUGGCCUGCCCAUGGAAAGCGCCAUCCUUCACGGGAAGCUGGGCGAGCACGAGAAAGCCCUGCAUAUCUUGGUGCACGAGAUGGGGGACUUCUCUGCCGCUGAGGACUACUGCCUCUGGGGCUCCGAGGGUCAGGACGCAGCCUGCCGUCAGCACCUUUUCCACACACUGCUUGCCAUGUACCUCCAUGCGGGCCCCUCUGCCCAUGCGCUGACUGUGGCCGCUGUGGACUUGCUGAACCAUCACGCCAGGGAGUUUGAUGCCACCCAGGUCCUGCAGCUGCUGCCUGACACCUGGUCGGUGCAACUUCUCUGCCCGUUCCUCACAGGAGCUAUGAGGGACAGCAUCCAUGCCAGGAGGACCACACAGGUGGCUCUUGGCCUGGCCAGAUCGGAAAACCUGAUUUACAUGUAUGAUAAGGUGAAGCUGAAGGGAAGUGCAGUCUGGCUCUCAGACAAAAAGCUUUGCGAACUCUGCCAGAACCCUUUUGGUGAGCCUGUGUUUGUCAGAUACCCAAAUGGAGGGCUCGUGCACACCCACUGUGCUGCCAGCAGACACACGACCCCCAGCUCACCCAGCCCUGGCACUCGGACUUGAAAAAGCAUGGUUCCAGGCUGCAAAGGGGAUUCUGGGUUCUUUUCCAAACCUGCUUUGUGUCAGCCAGAAGAAAGGGAAGGCAUCUGGGUGCCAGGGAACUGCCAGCCCUGGGAAAUGAGGGCACCGCAGCACUGAUUGUUCCUCGUGUGAAUGUAAAAGGAAAAGGCCUGACACCUCGAGAUAGCGACAGGCCAGAGGCUCCCCGUCCAGGAGGUUACCGUCCUUCAAAGCACAAGCCAACUUUGAAAAGCAGGCGGUGGAGCCUGGGCGAUCCCGACGUAGCUGGGGCCAGGGAAGGAGCUCAGCUCCACCUGGCUCAGGCCAGCGUCCAGGAAGCAGAGUCCUGAGGUGGGCGCCUUGCCUUCUGGGGAGGUGCACUCUUGACAUGGGCUCCGCAUCUGCUGCUAACGUGGACACAAUGUCUGUUCUUCCCAUCCCGCUGUCAACCUUGGAAAGCCACUGCCCCGUCAUGGAAGCACUCACUUGGUGUAAAGGCCUACACUCUGACUGCCUAGCAUAUGGAGAUCGAUUCAGGAACAUAAGCUUGAAGUAGGCAGGAUGGUAAAGUGACUCAGUGGGCAAAGGCACUGGCCACCAAGCCUGCCUACACACACACA